UAUCUUAUUUUGUUACUGUCAAGCGGGAAGAAGCUAUGCGACUUCCGGCCACUUGUUGAACAGAGCGGUUGCAACUCGGACAGGUAAUUGGAGAAAACGUUAUUAAGGUCCAGUGAAGAGCAGCAGUCUGUUGGUCCAGAUGUGGUCCAGGAAAUCCAGUAUAAUCUUCUGGUUCUCCUCUGCUCCGAUGAAGCGGUUCCAUUUAUCCGUCUUCACUCUCAGCACACAGAAGGCCUGCUCCCGGAGAAAGUCUACCCUCUCGUCUGAUAUGACCACCCCAGCUUUGAGAGAGGGCUCCUGGGGGACUCGCACUCCUCCAGACCCUCCACUGGCUCUACCUCCGCUGCUACUGCUCGUGCCUGUGGCCUCAGCCAUGAAAACUCAGCUGGCGGGAAGAAGACAUAAGCUACUACUACUGGAUUUGCUCUGAGGGCUAUCACCUGGAAAAGUGAUACACACCUUGAUGGAUAGGCCAUUGUGACAACGCACGGGCUGGUCUUCAUUAUCCUUCAUGGUGGAGGCUGUUUGUGAAGCCUGUAUGGCCUGAAACCCUAUCCUGUAACCUGAGCCUUCAGAGGAGACCUAACUACAGUGACACCUCCAGGACAGUAAUACUGGACCUUGUUCGUCAUUAUGCUGUGAUGGUCGGUUCCCACUGCGCAAAUGUCACCAGAGUCCUCUCCCUGUGUCACCUCUGUCUGCUCCCUGCUGUCCCCUCUGACGCCUCUGGGACCCUGCCUGCCCUUUGUCUGACAAGGAACCCUGAUCAGUUUUAAAUAUAAUCAAGAAGGCCGGUUUGAGUGAACCCCAAGCCUCCAACUCAUCAUCAAGACUCAGAGGGAGGAUUUCCUGGAAUAACACGGCUACCGAGAUACGUGGGUGGAGAAUAUGCACACUCAUAGACAAACACAAGGCCUGUGGUAAAUGGUCUGUUUGUCAUCUUUGGCUGAUUCAAGGUGAGCUCAUUCUUUCCUCUCCCCACUGUGCGGCCACAGCGAGUAGCCUCCAUGGCGACGAGGCAGGGGUGUGAAGUUGGGGGAGAGGCGGAAGGGGGCUUGUCUUUUUUAUAAAAGCCAAGAUCAAAACAGAAAGAAGUUCACAAAUUGGAAAACACAUGAAUGUACACGCUACGCCUGCUGUGUGAGCAAGACUGUCUUGAUUAUUCUCUGCGAGGGAUUCAGAUGGUAUAAGUUUGAGCUGAGAGAUACAACAGUUGAAGGGUGAAGCCUGAGGAUGAGGUUCAGCCUGGUGCUCGCGGCUCUACUCUGCCUUACCACAUGGAUGAGCGUGGUCAAUGCAAUCCAUGUACCAGUUGCAAGCUGCUGUGAUAUGGUGUCCACGACCAAAGUCCAGGUUACACGAAUUCAGGAUUACACAAUUCAGUCCGAAGGUGCCUGUCCAAUCAAAGCCGUUGUGUUUAGAACAACUUCUGGGAUAAGAAUUUGCUCCGACCCUAAUGAUGGCUGGGCAAAGAAAGCCAUGCGGAAGGUGGACACAGAGAAAAACAAGGAAGUGCAAGAGAAGCAACAGAGUGAAGAAGGAUCAAUAAGCACCAUCACAACAGCUGCACCCAGUCCACCAAAAAACGCACCAAAGAGACGCAGAUAUGGGAGGAGACGCCUGAGGAGGAAGCUCGCAAGAAAGAGGAAGGGACAGAGAAAACGCGUGUGAGGAAUCAUGAGACAAAUCAAAGUUACCACAGUCAGCAAACAUUAAUUUUAACAAUUGGACUGGUCCUCUUUUAUCUCAUGGAUCGUAAACAAACCUGAAACAAAAAGACCUUUAUAUCAUUAUAUAUGCAAUAUGUAUUUUAAUAUAUGAUGAUCAUACCUUAUUGUCAUAAAUCUGUGUCUAAUCAAAUAAGCUUCAAUUUUGUCAUUUUCCAUUGAUUUUACAAUAAAAUCUUCU